AUGGUUAAUAAUGGUGUUACUCUCUUUGUUUUCUUUGUUGUUAACACUUUAUUAGUGUCUAAUUCUCAACAACAACAGACACGAGGAUUAAUACCUCCUGAACUUCUAACUGAUAGUAGUCUUUAUCAUGUGGUGCCUCAAGGUGUAAUUCUUCUUUGGAGUGGUGCUGCACAUCUUGUGCCACAAGGAUGGGCUGUAUGCGAUGGAACUCAAGGAACACCUGAUUUACGCGAUCGCUUUGUUAUAGGCUCAGGUCCUAAUGCACAAUUUUCUGUUGGUCAAAAAGGUGGAGCAUCAAGUGCAACACCUACUCUUAAUAUUCGUCCAACUCGUUUGACUGUUGCUCAAAUGCCUGAACAUUCUCAUGGCGGUCUAACAUCAAUAGAAGAUACAAGUUUCAUGUGCUAUAAUCAAGAUUUAGACGAAGGAAUAACGACAAGUCACAACAAUAUUACUAAUCGUCAUAUUCGAUCUGAUAGAUCGACAAUGAUAAAUACGGAGAGCAAUAAUAAAACUGUUAACUGUCAUCAUCAACAUAAAAUCGAAAAACAAGGCAAUAAUGAACCACAUUCACAUGAAGUUACAACAGAUGCUCUUAAAAUUUUACCACCAUUUCACGCAUUAAUUUAUAUUAUGAAACUCUAA